GUGGCGGUGCCGAAAGUGUAAUGGCGGAAUCGUUGUGAUUCUCUCUCGAAGACUGACCGUUUGCCUGUGAGAAAAGGAACGAAGCCCGGCUUCCCUUUCCCUAGCCUCUUUCUUUUCUCUCCCCUCCCCCUCCCUCCUCCAUGGCGGCGGCGGGGACCGAGCUGAUCGGGAAGCGGUUGCUGUGCCUGUUCGGGGACUCGGCGAGUGGGGCCGCUCGGCCCGGCCAGGCAGCGUCCGCCUCUCUCCGGGAGCGGGACUGGCACGCUGGCCUGAUCCGGGCCGUCAUCCUGGGCCCCUCACUGACGGUGUACAUUGAAUUUGAUGAUUCACGUUGGAAAAAGCAAGCUUGGGUGAAGGUUUAUGCUGAAGAUGUCCUUGUUUUCCUUGUGGAGCAUACUCUGGUGUGGGCCCCCAGGAAAGAUUCAAUACUGUUACAGGGAGGAAGGGUUAAUGCUAGCCAAUGGCCUGCAUUGACCUAUAAAACACUGGUAGAUAAAAUUGGGUUGGGCUCCAUCGUUCCAGUUGAGUUCUUUGGUGACAGGAUAACGAACUUUACUGCUGAUGGUGCUGCACUUCGACUAUUUAAAGAGGAUUCUGACAGCCAGAAUCCCAUUGUCCAGGAUAAUCAAAAACUUCAAGAAUCAUUGAAAUCUUGGAUCAGAGAAAAGAAAAUUCAAGAGAUACUCAGAGGCCCAUACAGUUUGCAGGGGCACAGAGUGAAGAUCUAUCAACCAGACUGUCCUGAAGAAUGGAUUCUUGCCGUUGUUGCACAUCAUGACCCUGCUUCACGCACCAUGGUAGUUACCACAGAACAGGACCACCAGACAAAGACUGUUGACCCUGUGCGGAUUUAUAUCACCCUUCUGGAUGAGGCGCUUCAGUUACUGAAAGGAGAAGUUGGAAUUUUGUCUCAGAGCGUAGAAGCAAAUGAGAGUAAUGCAGCAAUGGUUACUCAAAAGCAAGUAUCUCAAAACUCCAGAAGUAGGCGUAAGAAGGGAAUUGAGACCAGUCCACCUUACAGUCCAACUAAAGAAACUGAUGACAAGGAGAAAAGUAAAGAUAGUCGUAGAAGAAAGAACACCUCUGAUGGAGACAAUGAGCCUGUGCAAAAAAAAGUGAAGGAGGCAGAGGAAAUGGAUCCUGACAGCAGCAAUGCAUGCUUGCUGGCUGCUGGAGGCAAUGGUCACAGUCUGCCAAAGAGUGAGAAUCUUGAUUUGGAGCAAGGAAGCUAUGAUUCCAAGAGAAUUGCAGAUUUAGCCUGGGGGAGUGCUGACAGUGCUUCAGAUCGAUCCCGCUUUGUACCUCAGCCCCAAGCAGGCUUACGCUAUGCCACCUAUACCAAAGAGAAUGGUAGGACCUUAGUUGUCCAGGAUGAACCAAUACAUGGGAAACCUUUUGUGUCAAUUGGUGCUGCUACUCCCCGGCCAAGUGGACUGUCAUUUUCCAGCACAGAAUCUCUGAAUCCUCAGAGCAAGAAGAGUUUACCAACUUCUGAUUCAAGCAGAACCUCUGAAAUACCUGUUUUGGAGCCUUCAAAUCUUGUCCAAGAUUCUGGAAAUGUAAAUGUUCAAGCAUACUUAGAGACUGCAUUGCCAGACCAGGGGAUAAAAGAAAAUUUUGCAGUUAAUUCAGGAACUAAACAGAAGGUUCAGAGUCCAUCAUGUGAGCCCCAAGUUGAAAGUAUGCAAUCUGCUUUGGCGAGCACAAAUGCCUUUCAAGCCCCACAGGAUCACAUGCAUGCCACUUUGCGAGUUUUCGACUCUCACCAGACUUUCCCAAACCGCAGUGAGGCACACAACUUUGAUGGAAGUAAGAAUCUGCAGACAACUGGCUCAUCUGUUCCCGGAUCAGAAAAGCCCUUGGGAAAUUCUUCUUCAUUGGACCCCUCAAAGGACCCAUCAUUAGCAUCAGUACAGCAGACAUGUGGUACUGCUAAAGGGGAACCAUUAAAAAAGUGGUGUGCAGAUCCUUGCCAAACGCUAAAUGAGGGAGCUUUAACCGAAGACAGUGCACUUCAAAUAUCAGUUAAGAAUCAAGCCCUUCUGGAAGAGCCAAAGAGAAAUGGUAAUGAGGGAGCGAAUGGAUCAUUUGACCAAGAGAACAAGUCCUUUGGAUUUGGAUUUGGCAGGAAUGUGACUGAUGAAUCUGAGAAUAAAGCUGGCACCAAAAUCUCCAUGGACUCGGGCAGUCUGUCAAAUAACUUGUUUUUCCAGUGCAUGCCUCAGAAUGUUCCACAGAGCAACUACUUCACUGAAAUAUCUGAAAGUUUAUCCAAUGACCCUCUCAGUUUCAAUUCUUUUAAAAUGGCUUCUGCUGCCACAAGCCAGAAAAGUGGUAUGGCGCAGGCAGUUGGAAUUCCUGUUGGGUUGCAUGCAGGAAGUAAACAUGGACAAGAUACCGAGAAGAAGAACCCUCCUGAGGCCAUGCCAACACUAACUCCAGCUUUUCCACGGAGUGCUUCUAAUCUUCAGUUUCUUCAGUCUGUUCAACCACCAGACCUUCUAAAGGAGGAAACGCCUAUAGUUCCAGGAGGCAAUCCAUUCCUUGGAUUUACAGAUCUAAAGGGAAAUGUGGAUAAUUUGCCCACAAGCAGAUCACAAUCAAGUCUGUUCAGAAGUGAUUUUAUACGGCCUGCAGCUUCUGCUCCUGCAUCAGUUAUUGUGAAACCCCCAAUGUUGAUUAACUGGAAGAAGCCUGAGAAAAUGACAUCAGAUGUAGGUGGCAACAAAACUGAGCUUCCAAAGACCUUUUCACCUCCAUUUUGCUCUCCACAAAAGACAGCAAUUUUAGGUACUCCCAGACCAGAGUCUCCUGAAACCCCAUUUGCUGCAACCAAUAUUGAGAUGCCAACCUUAUCCACAAGUCCAACUGGAGAUCAUAGUGCAGGAAACCUUGCAAUCCCAAUUUCUGGUUCUGUAGUUCCAGACAGUCCACAUCUGCAAACUCUCUCAGACACUCCCAAUUCUGGCAAGCAGCAGCAGCCUCUGUUUGCCAUUAGUGUAUCUGAUAAUGGCCUUGAUGGUUCACCCAGUCAGCAGUCCCAGUUCGAUCAGAGAAGGUUUGCUUUAGAUGAAAGAAGCUUGGGAAUGAAGCAGGACUCGGAUUCAGCUACCGACAGUGACCUAUCAGAUCUCAGUGAUUCUGAGGUGCAUAUGCGAUUGCAAUCAAAGACUGGUUUAAAAGGAUAUCUGUCUUACUUGCAUGAAACAAGACAGCCAAAUGGCGAAGGGAACAAGGAACAUAUAGGAAAGGGGAGAGGGCGUGGGAGAGGACGGCCUCGAGGAAGACCUCCAAAAAUUUCUGUUGAUCAGUCGGUUUUGAAGGAUAUGUGUAAGGUGAGAAAGCUGAAGCAGUCUGGAGAAUCCUUCUUGCAAGAUGGCUCAUGUAUCAAUGUUGCGCCGCACCUACACAAGUGCAGAGAAUGUCGUUUAGUGCGUUAUCGAAAGUUUAAAGAUCAUGAUGAAUCAACAGUCUCCUGCCGUUUCUUCCACUUCAGAAAACUAGCAUUUACUAGGACUGGUGUCCUACGUGUUGGGGGUUUCCUAAAUCCCAGACAGUGUGAUGCUGAAGCCCUGAGUCUUUGGAUCCCAUCACGUACACCUGCAGAAGGCCUGGAUUUGGAAACAUCCAAAUAUAUUUUGGCAAAUGUCGGUGACCAAUUUUGUCAACUGGUAAUGUCUGAGAAGGAGGCUAUGCUUCUGGUAGAACCCCACCAACAACUGGCAUGGAAACGAGCUGUGCGGGGUAUUCGUGAGAUGUGUGAUGCAUGUGAAACAACUCUGUUUAACAUCCACUGGGUCUGUCGUAAAUGCGGUUUUGGUGUGUGUCUCGACUGUUACAGGAUGAGGAAGGGGCGACCACCACAAGUGGAUGAUGACAGUCUUGAAGAUGAGGUUUUCUCCUGGUUGAAAUGUGCUAAGGGACAGACCCAUGAACCAGAGAAUUUAAUGCCAACACAAAUUAUUCCUAGCACUGCUCUUUAUGAUAUUGGAGAUAUGGUCCAUGCAACAAGGGGAAAGUGGGGAAUCAAAGCCAACUGCCCUUGUAUUACCAAACAGCUCAAACCUCUGCCCAAGCCAGCAGCACCAAAUGGAGUGUCACAGCUUUCAAGUAUUCUUCCAAAUCCUACCAGUGCACUUGCUGUGAAUGAGGUGUCACCAAGCAGUGGAGGCUCCGUUAUUUUACCUCAACCUGAUGGUGGUCUAGUGGAAGUGAAACCAGACCCAGCCAACAGCAGCAGUGAGGGGAGUCAAAACAAUACCAUGAGCCAGGGUGAGAGCAGUUGCAAUAAUUUAAGCUUUGUAGGUGACAACGAAGGGGUAUCCACCACAGCUGGCUUAAAGGAUGGCACAUUGAGUUCAGCAGACACUACAUCAGCAUUACACUGGUUGGCUGACUUAGCUACACAGAAAGCAAAGGAGGAAAAGAAAGAAAGCGCCAAUUCUUUGCGAUCUGUGUUGAAUCAAAGCCAAGAUUCCAGGCCACCCUUAGCACUGGACUCAUUUAACGCUUUAUCUAAGCCUCCCUCCAUAUUAGAGCCAUUUAGCAGCCUUUUGUCUGGAGGACCUUCAACCACAAAGACAGAAGGGUCGAGCCUUAGGGAUCUUCUGAAUUCUGCCCCAGGAAAAUUACAGCGGGGAACUGCUGAGGCAAGCCUUCCAUUUCCAUCUGUCUUCACGUCCGUUUCAACGGCUGACAAGGGGAAGGGGGGCCUCCCAAACUUUCUGGAUCACAUAAUUGCAUCAGUGGUAGAGAACAAAAUGUCUACAGAUACAUCAAAGCGAAGUGGGAAUCCUGCAGAGGCACUGAAGGAGAGUAAAAAACAAGGUGUAAUGGAAAUGAGUGUUCUGGACCCAAACACACAACACUGCUGGCUCUGUGAUGGUCGUCUGCUCUGCCUGCAAGACCCCAGCAACAAAAAUAACUGGAAAAUCUUUAGGGAAUGCUGGAAGCAGGGACAGCCGGUGCUGGUGUCCGGUGUCCAUAAGAAAUUGAAUUCAGCCCUCUGGAAACCUGAAGCUUUCAGCCGGGAGUUUGGGGACCAGGAGGUUGAUCUGGUCAACUGUAGGAACUGUGCCAUCAUCUCUGAUGUGAAAGUCCGAGAUUUUUGGGAUGGCUUUGAGAUCAUUUCCAAACGUUUGAAAUCUGAAGGAGGGCAGCCAAUGGUAUUGAAGCUCAAAGACUGGCCUCCAGGUGAAGACUUUAGGGACAUGAUGCCAACCAGAUUUGAAGAUUUGAUGAAUAACCUCCCUCUACCUGAAUACACAAAGAGAGAUGGAAGGUUAAAUCUGGCUUCACGGCUCCCAAAUUAUUUUGUACGCCCUGACCUUGGACCAAAGAUGUACAAUGCUUAUGGGUUAAUAACAACAGAAGAUCGGAAAGUUGGAACAACAAACCUCCAUUUGGAUGUGUCAGAUGCGGUUAAUGUGAUGGUUUAUGUUGGUAUACCGUUAGGAGAGAACAAUCAUGAAGAAGGUACAGACAACAGUGGAGUGGCAGAGGUAAUGAAAACGAUCGAGGAGGGUGACGUGGAUGAGGUGACAAAGAAAAGAAUCCACAAAAGCAAAGAGAAGGCCGGUGCACUUUGGCAUAUCUAUGCAGCUAAAGAUGCUGAGAAGAUCAGAGAGCUGCUCAGAAAGGUGUCUGAAGAGCAAGGUCAAGAUAACCCACCAGAUCAUGAUCCGAUCCAUGACCAGAGCUGGUACCUAGACCAAAUGCUGCGGAAACGACUGUAUGAGGAGUAUGGUGUGCAGGGCUGGGCCAUUGUACAAUUCCUGGGGGAUGCUGUCUUCAUCCCAGCAGGAGCACCUCACCAGGUUCACAAUCUGUACAGCUGUAUCAAAGUAGCUGAAGACUUUGUCUCUCCAGAACAUGUCAAACACUGCUUCCGUCUUACUCAGGAAUUCAGGCACCUCUCAAACACUCACACCAACCAUGAAGAUAAAUUGCAGGUGAAGAACAUUAUCUACCAUGCUGUCAAAGAUGCAGUUGGAACACUGAAAGCUGAAGAACCUAGACUGGCCAAGUCAUAGAAGCACCUGUAAUGGAAAUCCAGACUCAGAGGAACUGUUCUGUAACAUACGCUCAUUAAGAAGUACAUGCAAUUAAAAAUGGAAAGGCUGUUUUGGUUGGAGAUAAGAUGUUCAUUAAAAGUCCAGUAACACAAUGGAAUAUAGUAUCAGUUUUGCUGUGUUCUGCAGCAAGCUGUAGGAACAGCAGAUUUGGGAGAGUUUCACGUUGUAGUUAGUUUCGCACUGAGUUAGUGAUUAUAUUUAAAAUAAAAUUCAAUCCCUUUCCCCUUAAUUUUUCCAUAUUCAUACGACGUGUUGGGGUAAUGAAAAAGGAUCUUGUAGAUGUAGCAAAGCCCACAGUUAUAACAUACUCAUGUUCCCAGAAGGCGGAACAAGUUUGGAAGGACAGCAAAGUCUUUUUGUUGGCUCACAUUCAUUAUGAUCCACUGAUUCCUAAUUUUAUAUACGUGUAAUUUUUCUUAAAGGCCUUUACAACAUUCCAGACACUCAGAGGUUCUGAACUGUUUCUGUAUGGUGCCUGGGUACCCAUAGAGUGGCAACCAGACCUCACUGGAAUCAUAAACCAGCUGCUGAAUCAGGUCAAAAAAUAUGGGUUAACAUGUUACAGUUUAUAGUUUAGAAUGAUCUCUGGAUCAUUCUUCUUCCAUCCCCUCCAAGCCCCAGUCACAAAUCAAGGUGGCAGAGGGAAUUGGAUUUCUGGUUAGGUCUGUGGAUAUUAAGGUUUCAGAAAUAUGGAACUGUUUAAAAAUAAUCUUGUUUCUGUUUUAUUUUCCAAGUUGGACUUUUGUGUCUCGACUUCGUAUAUUUAAAAAGAACAGAAGUUAUUUUACUAAACAAAAGAGUAAUCCCUUCCAAACAAAAUCUCUGACCUGCCUGCUGCAGUUUGCUGCCUUCAGCUGGAAAUUAUAAAUAAUGCUCCUUCUGACAAGGACGAAAUGGAAGUAUCAAAAUUUUCUCUCCUAUUGCUUUUGGCUGCAGGAAUGCUGCAUCAAGCAGCCUAGAGAAUCCAACCCUGUUGCAGAGAAUUGAUGCCAUGUGCAUUCCUUGCUUGUCUAUUGACAUUUAACUUAGGGUAGACCAGAGAAAUACCAGUUUAACAGUUGGACACAAUGCAUUGUAAACCAGGCAGUAAGAAAUGGAUUGGGUUUCAUCUGUGCCAAGCCUUGCUUUACUGAGUCUUUCAGUGAAAAAGCAAAAUAUCAGUGCCCAUGCUGCAGUCAGCAGGGCAGUACAAGUAUUUUCUUUGAACUGAAUUUAAGCUGUUGUGGGCAAGUGUUGAGCACAUUCUAACUGGCUGAAAAUAUUUUGCAACCCACCUGCGCCCCCCUCAAUAUUUCAUUGCAGUCCUUGAGUCUUUCAUUGUUUGAUAUCAGAACCAUGAAGUAAAUAGAAUAACAGGGGUGUAUUGAUGCAUUUUGAAUCUUACAGAGCAAAACUUAGCAUUAAAUUUUUUAACUUUACCUCUGAGCAUCACAGCAGUCUCAUGCUGAACCAUGAGGACUUAAGGGCUUAAUGUUCAAAUAUUGGGUGACUUAUAUUAAUAAUACUGGCUAAUCAUAUCAGGACUCUUCUUUAUCCAUGCCUUCCAGAGAAACGGUGAAAGGUUGAUUAUGGAUGUACAGUCCAUGAAAUGCUUCCAAGCCAUGUGCUGAUCUGAUGAUUCUUGUAACACUGGUAGUCAUCAAAUGUUCAGUUUUGCUCUAAGUAGUCUUAAAAUAUUCUCCAAACAGUUUUUUUUUCCCCAAGGAGAUGUUGAAGAGCGUGAGGCAUGUGUUGGCAUUUUUUUAGGACUCUUGUGUUGGAAUUCACCUGUGUGGAGUUACAGUGCUGAAAAUUCUUUUACUAGGCAUAAAGAUCUAUUUUUUUGUGAAUGAACGGUUAGAUCACAGGAUUACAAGUUCUUAAAUGACUGUGAUGCUUGCUGUGAUUCAAGAGUGUCUAAAUGGUUUCAUACCAGCAAGUUAAUAGUUUUGUUUUAAUGUUGAUAUUUUCCAUGUUGCAUUAUCAGUGAAGAAACUGUUCCAGGAACGUUCUGUUGGAUAGAAUGGUGGAAGCUACUUUGGCCUGGUUGGAGCAAUGUAGUAGAGCCAGGGUACGGGAAGGUGGUUGACCCUCAUGAGGAAGGUGGGUGCUCUUGAGUAUAUAAAUCAAAUCACCCGAACAGCCCAACGGAUUGGGAUUAUUCACAGAUCUUUGUAAUUUUGCCAUGUAACGUUUAAAACUGUUUACAGGUAUGCAUCAUUCCUGUUAGGAGAAUUGCCUUCUGUUUGAUCUCAGAUUUGUGGAUGUUGGGGAUUGGGGUGCACCUAAUUAUUUUGAGUCCAGUCUUGCGACCGUACGGUUUUGCCCUCCUGCCCUCGUUUUCAAUCAUUGGCUUAUUGUAUUGCUGUGUGCAAUGGGACACCAAUCAGAACUGUAUCCACAUGACGAUUAUCCUUCACACCCACAUGGGAGUCUUGAACCUGAUUAUAGGGCAAGUUGUUAGGGGCAUAACUUUUUUUUUCAACCACCUGCAAAUUCCACCGGAAAAGUUAGUUUCCUUAAACUGUUGAAAGUGGUGCCUUUGCCCUUAUGCUCUACACUUAGUGGAUAAAUAAUCCGAUGGCCAGGGAGACUCAGUAGUAUCGCAAGGUUUGCAUUAUUUACAAGAGUGCGUGAGAAGUAACUAUGAAUUUGUAAAUCUUUGUUUAAAAUAAUAAACACACUGAUAUAGGUUUUACUAA